AUCGACAAAAUCUAGAUAAUCCAAACUAUAUAAAUAACACGCUUUCCGAAAACGUAAACAGUAGCGUGAUAUUCUCCAGUUAGACACAAAUUAUUUAUUAUUUUUGUUAAAAUGGCGGCGACAAAGUUUCUAAAUCUGCCGGAUGGCUCGAAGAUGCCAGUCCUUGGACUAGGAACGUGGCAGGCAAAAGACAAAGGCCAACUCGAAGCCGCGUUAAACACGGCACUUGAACUGGGCUACCGCCACAUCGACACUGCCUAUAUUUACGAAAAUGAAAAAAUCAUAGGCGAUGUUUUGAAAACCUGGCUCAGUUCUGGCAAACUGAAACGGGAAGAUCUUUUCAUUACAACAAAACUUCCUAUGUUUGGUAUGAAUCCGGACCGGGUUGAGUAUUUCCUGAAAAAAUCACUGGAAAAUUUGCAAAUGGAUUAUGUCGAUUUGUAUUUAAUCCAUUUUCCAAUUGGAUUCAAAUUUGAUAUGAGUACGGGACGACCGGUUGUUAACGACAAACGACAAUUAGUACCAGAAGGCAAAACAGACCAUGUGGCCAUUUGGAAGAAAAUGGAAGAACAAGUCGACGCCGGUCGCAUCAAAACCAUCGGUCUUUCCAAUUACAACAUUUCACAAACUGAGACAAUUCUAAAAUCUGCUAGAAUAAAACCCGCAAAUUUACAAGUCGAAAUGCACGUUUACUUGCAACAAAGGGAUCUUGUUAAUUUUUGCCACAAAAAUGGAAUUACUGUAGUGGCCUUCUCGCCACUAGGAGCCCCCAGCUAUAACAAAGUUUUACAAGCAAUGGGCAGAGAAUCCAAAAUAUUGCCCGACAUACUUGGAGAUUCAGUUGUUAAUAAAAUAGCCAACAAACACUCAAAAACACCGGCUCAAAUUGUUUUGAGAUUUUUGAUACAAAGCGGAGUCGCAGCCAUACCUAAAAGUGUUACUCCGAAACGGAUUCAAGAAAAUAUAAACGUGUUCGACUUUAGCCUCGAUGAUAAUGAAUUUAAAGAGCUCUCCAGUUUGGAAGCCGGCGAAAAGGGCAGAGUGCAUGAUUUUAAUAUGGGAUUUGAUCUGAAGGAUCACCCAGAUUUUCCAAUUUAGCCAAAAAUUGUGUAUCUAUGAGGUGAAUAAAAUUCUUGCACUGCAA